GUGUUAACUAUUGUGGAUUUGUACUGUUGCAACACAUAUAUGGUAUGUUCAAUGUUGACAAUUCAGAUAUGGUAUAGUAGGCGCUCAUUAGUAAGUAUUGAACACCUCGAGAAUUUUCUUUGAAUAUUAAUAAAAAAUUCCAAAUAAAGAUUUAUACUAAAACGUACAGCGUAUAGGUUACAUAUUCGCAGCAUAAAUUUAUCACAUAAAUACAGACAGUAUAUACUGACUGUCAUCGCUCAGAAUCGUAUUCUAUAUGAUCAAUUGUUGAAUUCAAGUUUAAAACAUAGGUAAAUUAUAUAGUGGUUUACUCAAUUAUCCUGGUACACUCGAUGUCUAUUGUCCAGAAAAGCGGUUGCCUAUACUUUUCCUCUUUUUCUGUGUAUCGUUGUCAUAUUUACGGCCGAAUACAACAUAAUAUAUUAUUUAUUAUACUUAACUACGUACUAUUAUUGACAUUUUACGCAUUAAAAUGUAUAACAUUAAAUACUAAAUUUAUUCAAAAUUUUCAACACUUAACACAUAAUUAGUGAUUUAUUUGGAUACAUGCCGAUGGCCAGUAACAACAACGAUGCACUUAAAGAAAACGGUGGAAAGAAAUCAAAAAAUAGCGUAAUUGGUAAUUCGUCACCGGGGAGUGCGACGGUUAAACGGAAGCGAAAGAUCGGUCCGGUCGGAAUCAGUGGCCUGGCAACUGCGAAGACCGCUACCGCGAGCACGUCGGGCGUCGGCAGUGAAAAGUCGUCUAAGCUCAUCAAGGGCUCAAAAGUUAAGUCGUCGUGUGGAAAGUCAGGACGAGGCAGCGGCAAGAAUUCGGUUGGCACUUUAGAUCAGACGAUCCGCGAGAGAAACAUAUUUACCGCAGUGGCCAAGAUGCCAGAAGAGAUUCAAACGAUGUUGAUUAAGAAUGGCUGGAUUGGCAAAAUUACGAUCGACGACAACUGUUUCGGUCGGAGCGAUACCACCGUCGAGGUGAUAUCGCUGCACAAUAACGCCCAGCGCGUCAAAGGGGUCGCCAAACGUUACGAAUCUGGUCUGAUGUGGACGGACGCGCACAGCGGCGGCGUCAACUGGAUGACGCUGCGCCCGGACGUCGUGGUCAACCGGUUUCCCAGGGACGGAAACGCCGCUUUGAAGCUGUGCGGCCACGCUCUGGCCGGAAAAUCCGAGUUCGACGGCCACUUUCCGAGGGCGUACCCGGCGCGCACCGAAGGGAUUCACGCGGACAGUUUUGUCGCGGACUACUCGCUGACCGCUUGCAUAUCGUUACUGAGGGCAUUUGUGGACGGCGGUCAUCAAACCAUGUGCGCCAAAAACGGCAAAGUUCCUCUUUCGGCGCUCCAAUUCGCGACGUUUAAAUGUCACCAAUAUCUAACUGGCGACAAGUCACUACUCGCGACAUCGUUUCCGGGAAAGGGCGCCGCCUGGGAAACGUUUUUCCAACAUUACUACGAGGUCGUGCACGACCAGAGGAAGUUCACCGUACCGGAAGAGGUGGACGACGGGGAAGCGGCGCUGCGCUAUCUGACCGCGUCGAGCGUCCAGCUGGUCGACCAGCUGACCGCGGCCAGACCGCAGACGGCGAUCGACGGUUAUCAGAACGUGUGGAUCGUCAAGUCCACGGCCGCCUUGCACGGCGGCCGUCCGGUGAUGUCGAACAAAAUGGACGAUCUGCUGAACAGUUUCGGCCGGUCGGGUGGCGCCGAUCGGACGGUACAGAAGUACAUCGAGACGCCGCUGCUGCGCGACAACAUCAAGUCGGACGUGCACACGUGGAUCGUGCUCUCGACGCUCGACGGUCGGCUGACGGUGUGGCUGCACCGGACGUGCGCCGUGCAACCGUACCCGCAACGGUUCUCGCUGCACCGGAAGGCCGCCACGGCCGGACACUUCGACCGGGUCAAGUCGGACGGGUUGCACGGGAUGCUGCGGCCGACGGCGCUGACUUGCGGUCUCAAACAGCUGGUGAGGACCAUGCGGCACGACGAGAAAACGGGCAAGCAGCAGCAGCAGCAGCAGCAGAAGCAACAGAAACGGCGGCGGCGGCGGCGGCGACUGAUGAACGAAGGCGGCGAGAACGACAACGACGACGACGACGACGACAACUCCGACGACGAAAUCUACUCGGCGAUCCGUCGGUCCGUCGUGUCGGCGAUGACCGCUGCCGCGACGGCCGGCUCGUUCGGCCUGCGACCCAACUGCUUGGAGCUGUUCCGCGGCACGUUCGUGUUGGGCGACGACACCCGACCGUGGCUGAUCGACAUCGUGUCGGACGACCCGUGUCUGGGCGCCGACUGCGGCGGCAGGAAAGCCGACCGGGCGACGCCGACGGCCGUCGUGGCCCGGAGCGUGGCGCGCGGCGUUGCCAAGUUGCUGAUGGACAGCGGCCGCGGCCGCGCCGCCCGGAUCGGCAUGUUCGACAUGGUGCACGAGUGCCCGAUGCCGGCCGGGGCCGCGCCGUACGCGCCGCGACCGUACGCAGAGCCCGCGCCCACGUCCCCCGCGUCCAAGUUGUUGGCCGGCAGGGCCGACCGGCCGCGCGCCGGCGUGUCCACGAUCGCGUCCCGGGGCGUCCGCCCGGUCGCCCGCCACAACCGCCACUGGUGGGACGACAGUUCCAUCAGCACGUACGUGCAGACGGUCGGCGCGGACGACGUGCUGGAAGACCAACAGCCGUGGAGGUCGUCUCCGGCGUUCGGCCCGCCGCAGCAGUCGGCGGUCGACGACGCGGAGCUCGGUUCGGAGGUGAUCGCCGUCGUGUCGACCGAAAUCCCCGCCGGCCGGCGCGAAUCCCGCCGGUGUUUGCACCUGUUGGACAGAUGCAAGUCGAAAAUCGCAUCCGUUCAAAGGAUUUGCAAGUCCAUCAUACGUCGAGACCACAAGAAAAAGAACCGUAACAAACAAAUAGCGACGAUUUUGUAAAGCCAGAAAUAUCGUUUUAGUUGACCAGACAAUCAGCCCUUCCAUUGCUGCCACUGCCACUUCAGAUUGGUUACCGGUAAAACUGAAGUUAUAGACGUUACAGUGUAUCCUGCUCAUCGUCCAUGCCGAUUGUUUCAAGUCUUAAAGAAUUUGAUUAACUAUCAACAUUUAUUAGGACCAAGAACAAAAAGCGAAAUUAAUCAACAUUAACAAACAAGUAGAAUUAAUAACGUUAAAUGAAAUUUCUUAAUAAAGCUUGUAAAAAACAAUUUUGAAUUCUUUAAAGUUUAA